UUGCGGGGCGGUCCCGGCGCGGCCCCGGCCCCGGCCCCGGCUGCGGGUGUCUCUCGGCUUGGCAGCGGGAGAGCCGGCCCGGGAAAGCGGCGGGGACCGGCGGCCGCCAUGGGGACGAACGCGCCGCCGCGCCGAGAGCCGCUGGCCCGCGGCCCCCACGAGGUGUACUUCAAGAAUCUUUCAAAACAGAAACAAAAGGAAGUCAUGGAGAAGAAUGGAAACAAACACAAACUUCGUGUUUGUGUUGCUACUUGCAACCGUGCUGAUUAUUCAAAAUUAGCUCCCAUUAUGUUUGGUAUUAAGGCAGAACCACAGUUUUUUGAGCUUGAUGUUGUAGUGCUUGGUUCCCACCUGAUUGAUGAUUAUGGUAACACCUAUCGUAUGAUUGAACAAGAUGACUUUGAUAUUCAUACAAGAUUGCACACCAUUGUGAGAGGGGAGGAUGAGGCAGCUAUGGUGGAGUCGGUGGGCCUUGCACUGGUCAAGUUACCUGAUGUCCUCAACCGCCUGAAACCUGACAUAAUGAUAGUUCAUGGGGACAGAUUCGAUGCUUUGGCCCUGGCCACAUCUGCAGCCCUGAUGAACAUUCGCAUUCUUCACAUUGAAGGUGGGGAAGUCAGCGGGACCAUCGAUGACUCCAUCAGACAUGCCAUAACCAAACUGGCCCAUUACCACGUGUGCUGCACGAGGAGUGCAGAGCAGCACUUGAUAGCCAUGUGUGAAGACCACGACCGCAUCCUUUUAGCAGGCUGCCCCUCAUAUGACAAGCUUCUCUCUGCCAAAAACAAGGACUACAUGAGUAUUAUUAGCAUGUGGCUAGGUGAAGAUGUCAAAACCAGAGAUUAUAUAGUUGCUCUGCAGCAUCCUGUAACUACAGAUAUUAAACAUUCCAUAAAAAUGUUUGAGCUGACACUAGAUGCACUCAUCUCCUUCAACAAGAGAACACUUGUUCUAUUCCCUAAUGUGGAUGCAGGAAGCAAAGAGAUGGUUCGUGUGAUGAGGAAGAAGGGCAUUGAACACCAUCCCAAUUUUCGGGCAGUAAAGCAUGUGCCAUUUGACCAGUUCAUUCAGCUAGUUGCUCACGCUGGUUGUAUGAUUGGUAACAGCAGCUGCGGUGUCAGAGAGGUGGGAGCGUUUGGCACACCUGUCAUCAACCUGGGGACACGGCAGACAGGAAGAGAAACAGGUGAAAAUGUUCUUCAUGUUCGUGAUGCUGAUACACAGGAUAAGAUUCUUCAUGCUCUCCAGCUGCAGUUUGGGAAGCAAUAUCCAUGUUCAAAGAUAUAUGGAGAUGGUAAUGCUGUUCCAAGGAUUUUGAAAUUCCUUAAAUCUAUUGACCUCAAAGAACCAUUGCAAAAGAAAUUCUGUUUUCCUCCAGUCAAAGAUAAUAUCUCUCAAGAUAUUGACCAUAUUCUAGAGACACAGAGUGCUCUGGCAGUGGAUCUAGGCGGUACAAAUCUCCGAGUAGCAAUCGUCAGUAUGAAGGGUGAAAUAGUUAAGAAGUAUACCCAGCUCAACCCUAAAACCUAUGAAGACAGACUAGCAUUAAUUCUAAAGAUGUGUGUUGAGGCUGCAUCAGAGGCAGUAAAUGUAAACUGCAGAAUUUUGGGAGUAGGUAUUUCCACAGGUGGACGGGUAAAUCCUCGAGAAGGAAUUGUACUUCACUCUACAAAACUCAUUCAGGAGUGGAGCUCUGUGGAUCUCAGAACUCCUAUAUCUGAUGCUUUGCACCUGCCAGUCUGGGUGGACAAUGAUGGAAACUGUGCUGCUCUAGCAGAGAGAAAAUUUGGUCAUGGAAAAGGAAUAGAAAAUUUUGUAACGCUGAUUACUGGUACAGGAAUUGGAGGUGGUAUCGUUCAUCAACACGAAUUGAUCCAUGGCAGUUCUUUCUGUGCUGCUGAGCUUGGGCACAUUGUCGUAUCCUUGGAUGGACCAGAGUGCCUGUGUGGCAGCCAAGGAUGUAUAGAAGCAUAUGCCUCAGGAAUAGCGUUACAGAGAGAAGCUAAGAAACUGCAUGAUGAUGAUCUGCUUUUAGUAGAAGGAAUGUCAAUGAAGGAGGAGGAGAUUGUUAGUGCUGCACACCUUAUUCAAGCAGCUAAACUUGGGAAUGCAAAAGCAGAGAGCAUUCUCAGAACAGCUGGGACUGCGUUGGGCCUUGGCGUUGUGAACAUUCUACACACCGUGAACCCGUCCCUUGUGAUCCUUUCUGGAGUUCUAGCUAACCACUAUGUUAAUGCUGUCAAAGAUGUGAUAAAUCGACAGGCGCUGUCCUCUGUUAAAACAGUGGAUGUGGUGGUCUCAAAUCUAGCAGAUCCUGCUCUUCUUGGAGCUGCCAGCCUGGUACUGGAUUAUACUACACGUAGAAUAUACUAAAGAAUUACAGAAGAUUUAGAGAAUUGGACUAUUCAAAUUCCUGAUGGGUGGAGGGAAUACUUUGCCCCAAACUUUUCUUUGAUGACAGCAGCUAAUGAAUCAAGGUAGUGUUCUGAGUAGUUAGUGACUACUGUAGCAUUUCCUAAUUGAGGUAUUAUCUUUUUGUAUUUUUCCUAAAUUUCAGCUGACUUCAUUGGAAGUAAUGUGCAAUUCUGGUUUUUAAGCACCUCUGUUGUUAAGCCUAUACAUUACUUUUGAGUGUGGCUGAAUUAUUUAUGAGCAUCUCUUGCUGUAUGGGGAUAAUGUAUAUGGUGUGUAAAAUUAUAAAAAUCUUGGGGAUCCAUAUCUCAUUUCCACUUAUGUGAAAUGAGACAUUUACCAGCUUUUCAGUUUCCAGGAUUCCACCCACAAAGUAAAUAGGAUGUAAUCACCAGUAGCAGGUUGUAAUUUAAGUGGGUGGAAAUGAGGGCCUCUACAGUAAAAAAAGGUUACACCUAGAAAUUCCUUUUCAUUAAAGACUUGGUAGAGGCAACCCAGUUUAUUUAUUAGAUCAUCUCUAAAGGCCAAAGUCCCAUUUUAGAAGCUUUGCAUAUGAAGGAAAAAACUACAGUUUAGAGAGCUUACUCCUGCAGAGGAGUCCAAACAAACUGUUAAGUAGAGCAGUGAGUAUCUUUGUCUUCUGGCUAUGGUCAAUAGUAAAUUGUUUGAAUUUUAAUCUUGGGGGACUUCUCAAGAGACUUAAUCUACUACUUUAAGAGAGGGGAGCUGCUUAUUCUUUGGUAGCCAGUUAGCUGAAAUUGAGCCACGUGGCACAGCUGAACAUAAAGAACCUUUCCCUGCAGAGUGACACAGUGCAUGCCCUCAGCCAUUCAGGUGGCUGCAGGUGCACUGUUCUUGUCCUGCUUUCACCAUCAGCUUUCAGGAUGGAAAGUCAAAUCUAGCCCUUAUCCUUGCCUUCAGAACAUUCAGAGGCCUAGGAGAAAAGUAUGGCAAGUACCAGUGAAGGCUUGCCUAAGUGUGGUUUGUAUUUCUCUAAUGAGUCCUUGAUAUACAGUGCUGUCUUUAUCCAGCUGCUUCUUUAGCAUACUUUCAAGAUGCUGGAGAAAUUGAAAAACCAACCCAUCUAUCACUAAUCCAGAAAGAUAACUUUGGAGGGCCAGUCACAAGACUGUCCUGUCCUGAAUUUAAUGACCUUAUUUGACAUCUAACUCAAUCACUGAUAUUCUGAGGAGUCCAGUAAUGUGUUAGUACAGGGUCUAUUUCCACACUUGAACUUCUCCUCUAACCAAAAUGAAAUAAUCUUCUGCAGCCAUUGCCAUGUCCUAGACAAUCAACUUGUGUUGUCAGCUUAUUGCAGGGGUUCCAUGCUGUGCCCUCCUUAUCACAAAAGUUUCAUACCUUCUUGGUGUUUCUCAUGGACAGCUCCUCGGAGUACUGGCUCUUUCUUCUUCAGACAGUGGCCAGCUGACUCCAGUUCCCUUCUCAACCAGCCAACCCACUCUUUUAUAGCACUCUUCUUCUCACUGGUUACAGCUGUGGCCUGGUAAAGUCAGGCCUAUUCCUAAUCUUUGCUAAUUGGCCCAGCUGCAACUCCUUAGGGGUAAGAUUACUUUCUACACUGUCCUUAUAUUCUGUCCCCCUACAAACUUGGACUGAAUAGCACCUGGUUCACUUGCUAAUUCUAGGAUAUAAUCUAUACAGAUUGUCUUUACUUCACUCUCUCUUCCACAAGGAAUGCUUACUGGUAACUCACAUCUUCAGAGCAGAUUUCAGGACCACCAGAUCUCCCUCCUCAUGUCUCCAGGAACAAUUAUGCAGCCUCUAUACCACUUGCCAAUAACUGGUUCUUAACUGUUUGCCAAGUUAUACUGGGCUUUAUGUAACCAAGAUUAUUUAGUUUGUUUUCCUACAAAUCUUGGUUUACUUGAUGAGUAUUGAAGGUAAUGGAAUUCCCUUCAAUACCAGAGCAUUAGCUCUAUGAGCAGGUCAAGGAGAAACUGGCAUUUCUCUGCAGUGACAGUAGCUCAGAUCAGGAGUAUUGAGGUUCUAACAGUGAGGAGGCCUGUCAUUUGAUCUUUCCAUCCUCUGCAAUCACAAGGACUGCCUGGCUAGAAUGCCUGGCUAAAAGUGGGACCAGGCUUUUGCUUUCCAGACCCUCUGAGGCUCUGUGUUUCUGGUAUCUCUGACUCAAAAUGCUUUUCCCUAGCAGCUGAAGGGAGGGUACGGGCACAGAAAAAACACAACAGACUAAAACACACUUGAGAAGUUUUACAUCUUCAAUCUUCAAAUGCUUUUGAAAAUGCUUUUUUUCUGUCAAUUGGCCAAGAACUUGCUGGAUAUGUAGAAGCAGUUUAUAAAAUCAGAAAGAAUAAAAAGUCAUGUUUAAUAGCAUAA